AUGCUUUUCCUCGCCGACUACUUUCACUCUUUCUUUAACAACUUUGCUUACCUUUUGGAGACGGUUCUUGAUGAAUCGUUCUGGCAACUUGUUCUCGGCCAGCGAUGGUUUGGUUUGGUCAAACGCUACAUUGGCAAUGAUGCUGUCAUGUUUGGUAUCUUUUUGAGCUUGGGUCCUACCAUCUUGUCUCUUUUCAACUCCUUUUACUACUGGAUCAAAAGCUUCUUUGACGACUUGUUCCAUGUUUCGAUCGAGAUUACUUCAAAGCAGGCCAUCUAUAGCCCUGUGCAAGAAUUCAUCAAGCAAAAUUACAAGCAACUCCCUGAUUUCAAGCAUGUAUCUGGUGUUACCAUGUACAGCACUAUCAAGCGUCGUAAUCAUGAAUAUGAAGAGGAGCGGGUUAAACUUGGAUUGAUGCCACAUAUGGGCACCAUGCGUCACGUGUACUACAAAGGACACAAACUUUGGGUGAAUCGUUUCACUCGUUCAGCCCUUGAUCGCUCAAGUGGACACAGCACUGGUGCUGGAGGUGGCGGUAACAGUGAUAGUAUUUUGGAGAUGUUGAGUGGUGGAAACACUGAAGGUAUCACAAUCAGUAUGCGUAGCCGUAAUCUUGGUCUUUUACAAGAGAUUAUCCAAGAAUGGAUUGAUGAAUACUACCGAAUGCGUGAUAACCAGUUGAUUGUCUACAAGGCUAACACUGCAUCCUGGAGUCAAGAGUGGGAGGAGUUAUGCACCAAGGAAGCACGCGGCUUUGAAUCCGUCAUCCUUAAAAAGAACCAAAAGGAAGAGUUGCUCAAUGAUGUCAUGGCUUUCCGCUCCCAAAAAGAAUGGUAUCAACGUAAAGGCAUUCCAUAUCGUCGUGGCUAUCUUCUCUAUGGUCCACCUGGUACCGGCAAGACCUCCUUCAUUCAAUCGCUCGCCGCCAAGGUCGACAUGAACGUUGCUCUCAUUAGCAUCAGCGCAAGCAUGGACGACGAAACCUUCACCAACUUGCUUGUCCAUGUCCCUAAAAACAGCAUUGUUGUCAUGGAGGAUGUCGACCACUGCACCAUUAACGAUGGCGACGAUGACGAUUCAGGCAGCAGUUCUCGCAAACGCCUUUCUGCUUCUGGUUUGCUCAAUGCGAUGGAUGGUGUUUAUUCUCCUGAAGGAUGCUUGAUCUUCCUUACAUGCAACGACAUGAACAAGAUUGUCCCUGCCUUGUUACGCCCUGGUCGUGUAGAUGUUAAGAUGGAAUUCGGAUAUGCGGAUAAGCACCAAAUCGAAGCCAUGUUUUGGCGCUUCUUUGAUGAAGAGAGUCAAAAUGGACAAGAUCCAAAAUGGGUGGAAAUCAUGCACAAGCUUCUCGAGGUCCUCCCAGAACAUGAGCUUACGCCUGCCGAACUUCAAAACUUCUUCAUGGCUCAUGCUUUGCUUCUACAAUCUCCUCACAAGACUCAAGCUAUCGACAUUACACGCAUGACGGACAAUGAAGAUACCGAGAAAGAGGACGUGGAUGCAAAGGACAAGUGGGCUUUGUUCUUUAAGGAUCUAUUGGCAUCCGUGGAUUCGUUUAUGGAAAAGGUGAAGAUUGAUCGUGAACAAGCGAGAAAACAUGCCGAACGCAAGUUGAAGCAAAAGGAUGAUGAUGAUGAUUAA